UGGCUGGUCAUGAACCCUGAUGUGAUCCAGACUGGGGAACACACAGUUGACCAGAUCCUGACAGUGCUGCUGCAGACCUCCGUGUUGGUGGGGGGUUUACUCGGCUUUAUCCUCGACACCACUAUACCAGGAACUCCAGAAGAACGUGGCCUUCUGAAGUGGAAUGCUCACCUACAGAACCCAGAGAAUGAAGAGGAAGCCAAGGUGCAGAGUCAACAGUUAAACUGUUACAAUCUUCCUUUCGGCAUGGAUGCCAUCAAGAAAUACUCAUGGACGAAGUACAUUCCUGUGUCUCCUACCUUCACCGGCUUCUCAAAAAAAAGAUAUUAACUAAAUUUAGACAAUAUUACAACACUAUGCUAUUCAUGUGGUGGUUAUUGAUAAUGCCCUUGACAGUGGCAUAAUAACACCAUGAAGAACCAUGUCAUCAUAAAACAAACUUAUUUUCUCCAUAAAAACAAUUCAAAGUUGCAAGAUACAUGCAAGGAAAAGAUUUUUUCUUAUAAAUUAAGUACACUAAACAUAGUAACAAGCAACCACUUAGACAUGAAAUAUGGUGAAUAUAACUAAUUUGCAGUAAUAAUCAAUUAAUGUACUGUAGAUCAAGUACAAAUAAAACGUUAGUUUUGUAUUAACACUUACUGUAACAUAUAAGACACAAGACGCUCUGGGCGAGAAGUGAACACGUGACAAACUUUAAAAAGCCACCAGAAAAUGCAGUUAAAAUUAGCAUUAGAAUAAAACAUAGAGAUAAGGGACACUCUAUUGGAAGGGGAAAAGUGGCAGAAAUCACUUACAACAAACUGCAAGUCCCACU